GUGGGGCGGCAGCUCCGGCGUCUGGGAGUGCAGCUCGCUGGGACGCUGCCGGGAGCGAAAACAUGAGCGAGUUUACGGGAGAGUGCGCCCGGCUCCGGCGCUACCAUGAACUCCCGGUGUGGGUAGUGGAGGAUCAUCAGGAGGUUCUGCCCUUUAUAUACCGGGCCAUUGGCUCAAAGCAUCUUCCUGCAAGUAAUAUAAGUUUUGUGCAUUUUGAUUCACAUCCAGACCUCCUUAUUCCUGUGAAUAUGCCAGCUGACACUGUAUUUGAUAAGGAAACACUUUUCGGAGAAUUAAGUAUCGAGAAUUGGAUUAUACCUGCAGUUUAUGCUGGCCAUUUUUCCCAUGUAAUAUGGCUUCAUCCCACAUGGGCUCAGCAAAUCAGAGAGGGCAGACAUCAUUUUUUAGUAGGCAAAGACACUUCGACCACAACAAUCAGGGUUACAAGUACAGAUCAUUACUUUCUAAGUGAUGGUCUUUAUGUAACUGAAGACCAGCUAGAGAACCAAAAACCUUUACAAUUGGAUGUAAUUAUGGUGAAACCUUAUAAACUCUGUAACAAUCAAGAAGAAAAUGACACAGUGUCUUCUGCUAAGAAGCCAAAGCUAGCACUGGAGGACGCAGAGAACACUGCCUCUACUAAUGGUGAAUCUUGUUCAGAAGGACUGGAAAAUGACUCAGUGACACAGAGAAGAGACCAAACUUGUCUACAACCAUCGUGUUCAUGUUCUUCUGAAAGCCAAGAAUGCCACACUUCAGUCAGCACUGGAGAAAUCCUGGAAAUUUUGGAGAAAGGGGAUGCAUUUGUUUUAGAUAUUGACUUAGAUUUUUUUUCAGUCAAGAAUCCCUUCAAAGAAAUGUUCACUCAGGAGGAGUACAAAAUCUUACAAGAGCUGUACCAAUUUAAAAAGCCUGGUACCAACCUGACAGAGGAAGAUUUGGUAGAUUGUGUUGAUACUCGAGUUCAUCAAUUAGAAGAUUUAGAAGCUGCUUUUGCCGAUUUGUGUGAUGGUGAUGAUGAAGAAACUGUACAGAAAUGGGCUUCAAAUCCUGGAAUGGAAUCACUAGUUCCACUGGUACAAAGUUUGAAAAAACGGAUGGAAGCACCGGACUAUGAAAUGGUUCACCAGGCUGGUCUAACCUGUGAUUAUUCAGAACUUCCUCACCAUAUCAGCACAGAACAAGAAAUUGAAUAUCUUAUUCAAUCUGUGUAUUACGUUCUAAAAAAUUUGCCAAAACCCACUGUAGUGACAAUUGCAAGGUCAAGUCUGGAUGAUUACUGUCCUUCUGAGCAAGUUGACACCAUUCAAGAAAAAGUCAUCAGUGUGCUACGCUCCCUCUAUGGGCCUCUAGACGUUCACCUGGUAUAUUCAGCAGAGUCCACUUCAUCUUGAAACAUCCCAACGCUAGGCUCCUAUUAACAUCUUGAUGUAGUAACAGGGUUUUCAUUAACUUGUUUACAAAUGAAUCUUCCAUAGAACACUUUGUUUUAAUACUAACUUUCAUUUAAAAUCUUUCAGGUAUUUUGAAUCUCCAAACAGGUAUCACCAGUUGUUGAAUGAUGGCAAUUUUUUUUUGGCAUCAAGUCUACCCCCAGUUGAUGGAACUGAUGCUCAUCUUUCUUCUGUCCAUCACUGUCGUCUUCACUUUUGUGAGGGUUUUUUUCCUCUUUUCCCCUCUUCCCCUUAGGUUGGUUGUACUGUAUGAGAUGUAUUCAUUUAUUCAUUCACUCACCCAGCUGACAUUUUUUGAGCACGUACAUGUGCCAGACAUAAUUAAGUGCUGGUUAUAUGGUAACAAACAGAAUAGACAAGGCCCCUGCCCUCUUGGUGGACAGCUGAGAAACAAAUUAUGGAUUGUGAGACAUGUUAUGAAGGAAAGGAGAACCACAGACCUGUCUUAGGCAUGCUCUUAGUACUCAGGGUGCCCUGGCCUUACACGAAGGUAACAUUCUCAAAAGCUACUACCAAAGUAAUGAUAAUAAUAAUACUAAAAAAACUUGCCAGUCCAUGAAAAUGUUCUAGGAAGUCUACCUUUCCAAGACUUAGGAUUGUGCCCCAACUCUUACGGAAUGCUCUCAGCAUUGUUGGUAUUGAGGGGGUCUAUUUGAGUAAAUUCAACCAAACAAAAAAUAACUUUGCUAAUCAAAAAAACCCUCCAGGGUUUUUUGUUCCUCCAGAUGGUCAGUAUGGGUGUCAAUUAUAUCAAUAGUUCCUAAGUGCCACUUUAUUGGCAGUCUGGGUUGAUAAUUUUUUCAAAUAAACCAGCUUUUUAUGUAAAUAGUAGGGGAAAAAAGUUAAGUCCUUACUUCUGAUCUACCAUAAAUACCCAAGGACAUAACUGCCUUCCACCAGUCUCUCCAUGAGUAAGAGACCCUACCUAAGUCGCUCUUUUUUUUUUUUUAAUGAUUUAUUUAUUUGAUUGAUUGAUUGAUUGCUAUGUUGGGUCUUCGUUUCUGUGCUAGGGCUUUCUCUAGUUGCGGCGAGCGGGGGCCACUCUUCAUCGCGGUGCGCGGGCCUCUCACUAUUGCGGCCUCUCUUGUUGCGGAGCACAGGCUCCAGACGCGCAGGCUCAGUAGUUGUGGCUCACGGGCCUAGUUGCUCCGCGGCAUGUGGGAUCUUCCCAAACCAAGGCUCGAACCCGUGUCCCCUGCAUUAGCAGGCAGAUUCUCAACCACUGCGACACCAGGGAAGCCCCAGUCGCUCUUGAUCAUAGAACUUUUCGUUUACUUAAUUUGCCAAAGUCUUCCUCUCUUCAGUAUUCCUCGUGUUCAGUAAUCAUUUUUAACUACCUCCUUGGUUUCCUUUCCUUUAAAAGGUCGGGUGGCAUUUAAAGAAAAAAAAAAACAUCCAUCAAGCCUCAUUCCUAAUACAGCAGUCGUUUCCAUUUUUGCAUGUAGCUUUUAAGCCUUGACCAUAGGGGUACAGUUGCAUGUAGCUAAAAUUAUAGUGUGUUACCUAACUUGAUGGCUAAUACCCAAGGUCACAUUGCUAUUGCCACUCAGUAGGUGGCACCAGAUCCUAUUUUUCCAAUGAUUCUAUUUUCCAGCAAACUUUUCUUGUCGUUAAGUUGAUCUCCCAAUGCUAAUAAGUAUAAAUGCUUAUUUCUGUUGUGAAAAGCAAAGCAAACUGAUUCAGCUUUCCAUUUUUGAUAGAACAUUAUGUGCCAAAAAGCUUUAUUUCCCUGUAAAAUCAGAAUGCAAAA